AUGGCAGCCUUCACAGACUUGUGGAGAGCUCGGGUUCAGUUCUUCAAUCCUAUUGUUCCGACUUUGCUCGAGUUGCACCAAAAGUAUGGAAGCGUGGUGAGAAUCGGCCCAAAUACAAUCAGCCUGAGCGACCCAGGGUUUGUUAAGCUGGUAUACUCCGCCAGGAACGAGUUUACGAAGGCGGAUUCGUACGGCCCAAUGCGCGUAUUCAUCAAGCACGAAUCAGUGGGGAGCAUCAUUGACAUGCAAGAUGAUGAGCAAAAUCGAGUCUUGAAGAAGGCUGUGGGAGCUCUGUUCAACAGCAAGAACCUUGCGCCUUUUGAGAGUGUUGUUGAAUCCAUUCUGGAAGAUCUAGCAUGGAAAGUAUGUAGUGCAAGCCAGCAGCCAUUCAACCUAUACGAGGUAAUGCAGCUCUACCAGCUAGACUUCCUGAUCAAAAUAGCAUUUAGCGAAAAUGCAGGACAUCUUCGACAGGGACAGGACGUUAUGGGCCUUGCUAAGCUCGGGUUCAAGAGAGUCUCCCACUGGUACUCGUGGCAGCCACUAUUCUGUCUCGAGAGGUUCAUCUUCCAAAAUCGCCAUUGGAGUGGUCGUCUUGCUGGCCCAUCGAAAUGGGCGGUGGCAGGGGCUGACAGGCUUAAACUACGCCAGCAGCAUGCGUACCGGGGAAUUGAACGAAAUGACGAUCUCCUACAGGGCUACAUUAGAGCCAGUGAAAAGUAUCCGGAUACGCUACGCGCUGGUACCAUCGUCAGUCUUGUCAACUCUACUGUUUCUGCCGGUGCAGAUACCACUGCUGGGACCAUGUCGACGAUUCUCUAUCUCUUAAUGAAACACUCUCGUGCCCGAGAAUGCUUGUUGAAAGAACUGCAAGACGCACGCAGUCAGGGACGAAUUUCUGCUCCAAUUCGUUACGUUGAGGUUGAGCGCCUGCCAUAUCUUGAUGCUGUGGUCAAGGAAGCUUUAAGGCUUAACCCACCUCUUGCUGUUCCCUUGGAGAGAGUUGUGCCAGCUCAAGGUUGCUCGUUCAACGGUCUCAAGAUACCAGGAGGUACCAUUGUCGGCUGUACUGGAACUGUGAUCCAUCUCAACCAGUGCUGUUUUGGCGAUGACGCUGAUCAGUUUCGGCCUGAGCGCUGGCUCAAUCGGGAUAACAAAGAUCGUCUUGCGAUGGAACAAGCAUUCUUGGCUUGGGGCGCUGCCAAUUCUAGUGACUUUCAAGGAACGAGGUUCGAUGGCACGCUCUAA